AUGGAUGAGUGUUUUUCAGGAGGGAAAACACACAGGAAAACGGAGCAAGACGGAGGAGUGGGAGAGUGUAAACAGCAGAAGGUUCACCGGGUUCACUCUGCAGUAGAGGAGCUGAAAGAUGGGCGUCAGAACUCGAAGCCCGGGGGGCUGCAUAGUGCUGAAAAGGACAAUUCCCAGAGUUUGUACAACAAUGAUUCUGCUCAGCACAUGAAGCUAAGAGACAGGCAACGGUUCUUCGAAGAUGUCUACCAGCACGAUGUGGACAACUACCUGCCCUCUACGCACCUACAGGUCGACUGCAGGAAACCCCCCAUGGGCAGUAUUUCAUCUAUGGAGGUGAACGUGGACACUCUGGAGCAGAUGGAUCUUAUGGAUAUGUCAGAUCAGGAAGCCCUUGACGUGUUCCUCAACUCGAGCUCAGUUGGUGACGAAGGAGCCCUAACGUCUCCACUACCAGUUAUAGAUUGUGAGGACGAUGACGAAGACGAAGUGGAUGAAGAAACAGAGGUUGUCUACAGGGAUCGAGCGCCGCUGCAGAGGCAAAACGAAGUCUACCGUGGAUCCCAGUCUCGAUUUUCUUCAACGUCGUCUGGUUCCAGUGUUACCAGUGCAGGCGGAGCCGACACACCGGUGAUCCAGUCCGAUGAUGAAGAAGUACACGCCGACACUCUGCUGCUGACCUCUGUUCCCAAUACAAGAGAUGAAGAAACAGAGGAAGAAGAUGAAGAAGAACGAUGCUUUUCAACAGCCCAUCAAAAAGACUGAAUAUUUCUCCUUUCCCCUGUGCAUAUGCAUUCUUUUCUAAUGAGCUGAAACGCCCCGCAUGUUUGGGUCAACUGUGAUUACCUUUGUCCUUUAGAUUGUGCAUUCUCCUUUAUGAUUUACCAACUAACCACCUUUACUUUACAAGUUUUACGGUACAUUCAUUUGAUAGUUUCUUGGCAGUUGUGUCAGAAGACGUUUAUAUCAAUACAAUGAGGCAUUUUUUUUUUUUUUCAUCUGCACAAACUUGUUCUGGUUGACAUAAAACAAGUUCAGUUUUAUUUCACAAUUUGCCAUGGGGGAUCCUUGUGACUGUUUUUUUAUGAUCAUAUUUUUCUUAUAUUAAAGGCUCGGUUUCUCAACAGAUGAACGAAGAACUAAAAACAAGAUCGUCACUUGGCCAUAAUUCAAGUAGGCCACAUGACCUAAUUGAACCCUGAAACCACAGGUGGACUCUAUUUAAGAAUUAGGUUGGUUCUGGGAACAACUGGUUGUACUUGACCUUUAAUACAGCUCUGUUUCAAAAACAUGAAACUCGUUAUGAGUUGCAAAUAGAAAACGUAUCUGUUUUUUGAGAGACACAGAAAACACAUUAAAUCAAGUAAGUCAAAGAUCUGGUUGUGAAUGAAAGCAGUUCAACCAUGCUUUUAAUGGAACACAUGUCACAAAAGAGGCCAAGAAAUAAAGGUAAUAACAGACUGCUUUUUUAAGACAUACAGUAAUAAAAACACACACCACAGUAUUAAAUGAA